AGGAUCAAAAGCUCUUCUUUUUUAUUGAGAUCUUCUCGAAAAUUUAUCCAGGAUUUGUUCAUGAGGAUGACUCUCGACACAAUUUGCUACCUCGGUUUCGGCCUCCAUCUCGGCGUCCUCGCUCCAAAUCUCCCCCGGAACGACUUUGCCACGGCCUUCGAUGCCUGCAACGCCAUCAUCUCCUACCGCUGUGCAGACCCUUUCUGGAAACUCAAGAGGUUCCUCCGGAUUGGACUGGAGCGUAACCUCCGGCGCCAUCUCCAAGUCGUGGAUGAUUUCACUCACAGCAUCAUACAGCAGAGGAGGCUCCAGCUCCAAGAUCAGUACAAACACCACCAACAUAGCAAACAAGAUUUACUGUCGAGAUUCAUGCUGCUAGACGAGAGCUUCUCCGAUGAUCAUCUCCGCGACGUGAUCCUCAACUUCGUCAUCGCCGGGAGGGACACCACCGCCAGCACUCUGUCGUAUUUCACCUACAUGAUAGCCUCCCAUCCGGAUUGCGCCACCAAAAUCUACCAGGAGCUCCACGAGUUUGAAGAAUUCCAGCUCAGCGACAAUUCCCAUCGCCCAAGCAGUUUCGAGGACAAGAUCCACGGAUUUACCCAGCUGCUAACAUACGAAUCGCUGGCCAAGCUCGUCUAUCUCCACGCCGCGCUCAUGGAAACUCUCAGGCUCUUCCCUGCCGUACCUCUGAACUUCAAACUAGCUGUCACGGAUGAUGUUCUUCCAUCGGGUGCUGUGGUGAAAAGAGGAUCCACGGUUUCAUAUGUGCCUUAUUGCAUGGCCCGUGUUGAAUCAAUCUGGGGCUCCGAUGCAUCGCAGUUUCGUCCCGAGAGAUGGCGCAGAGAUGGAGCCUGGGAUUUCAGCGUCUCUCCAUUCAAGUUCACGGCAUUCCAGGCAGGGCCCCGCAUUUGUUUGGGCAAAGACAGUGCCUUUUUGCAGAUGAAGAUCACAGCAGCACUCCUGUGCCGAUUUUUCGAGUUUCAACUUGUCCCUGGGCAGAUUCUGACGUACCGAGUCAUGGCCACCAUCUCCCUUGUGAAUGGUGUCAAAGUCACCACCUCCAACUGCACUUCAGAAUAAUUUUUGGGUCCUUAUAUAGAAUAAGCAAAAAAACUGUCCAUCUUCUCUGUA